CAGUUACAGUUUCCAUUAAAACCAGUACGAUUUCCAUUAUAACCAUUACAAAUUCUAUGACGGUACAUUUGCCUAAACAGGCUAUGAACAUGUGAAUGAGCGAAUGCUUUGUUUAUACAGAAGAAGUUUAGGGGUUCACUUGGGUACUUUCCACUUUGGGGUGGAAAAGUACAAAUUUCCACAAAGCGCGAGAGUGAGAGAGAUUUACUUCCGGGUUUCUGUCCGAGCUGUUCUGCAGCUAGCUCUCCGCGCGCACCGCGUUUCCGCAUACUUUCCAGCAGAUUCACCUGCGCGUGUGCACGCUCAAAUAAAACGCCCAGGUGUUUAUAACAUAACAGAGCGCGAGCUGCCAUGUCGCCGUAACCACCGCUGGUUAACGUUCAUCUCAGCUCACAUGACGUGACAGGGACGGAUCGCUCUCUCGGUGCUUGUAGGUUUUUUUGUUUUUUUUUUAAACAUAUAUUUAUAUAUACACCGUGUGGACACCAUGAUGGCUUGCUGCACGUCAUUAGGUCUCGCGCUUUUCACCGCGCUGCUCCUGUGCUCACCGGGUCGCGUGCACGGCUCUCAGGGCGAUAAGGAGCCCGUGUACCGGGACUGCGUGAAGCAGUGCGCGCGCACCAACUGCACGGGCGCCAAGCUGCGCGGCUUCCAGUCCGCUCAGCCGCCUUACAUGGCGCUCACGGGUUGGACGUGUCGGGAUGAUUGUCGUUACCAGUGCAUGUGGACCACGGUUGGACUUUACCAGGCCGAGGGCUAUCGAGUGCCUCAGUUCCACGGCAAGUGGCCGUUCGUGCGCUUCCUAUGUUUUGAGGAGCCGGCGUCAGCUCUGGCGUCGCUGCUCAACGGUCUGGCGUGUUUACUGAUGCUGCUGCGCUACCGCAGCACCGUCCCACGCCAGUGCCCCAUGUACCACACCGUCACCGCCUUCUCGCUGGUGUCGCUGAACGCCUGGUUCUGGUCCACAGUAUUUCACACCAGAGACACUUAUCUAACCGAGAAGAUGGACUAUUUUUGUGCAUCGGCGGUGAUCCUCUACUCCAUCUACCUGUGCUGCGUCAGGACGCUGGGUUUGCGGCGGCCCGGUGUGUCCAGCAUCGUUGGAGUUUUGCUCAUCCUGGCCUUCACCUCUCACGUCUCCUAUCUCACCUUUGUUAGCUUCGACUACGGCUACAACAUGGCCGCCAACGCAACUAUAGGCAUGAUAAACCUGCUAUGGUGGCUCGGUUGGUGCUGGCAGAAUCGGAGGACAUUGCUGUACUGGUGGAAGUGCGGCGUGGUGGUGGUGCUGCUUCAUGGCCUGGCGCUGCUCGAGCUCCUCGACUUCCCGCCGCUCUUCUGGGUGCUGGACGCUCACGCCGCCUGGCACCUGGGCACUGUCCCCGUCCACUUCCUCUUCUACAGUUUCCUCAUAGACGACAGCCUCCACCUCCUCAACACGGAGAAGGCAGGAGUCAAGCUGGAAUAGGAGGAGCCUGUCUCGGAGCCCCGCCCCUUCCUCUCCCAUCACUCCAGUCAGGACGAGUCUGUGAAUUUCGAGUUUACGAAUUGAGUUUACACUUUUUAACCACUCUGCUACAGACGGCUGUGAAGAGAGUUUCUUUUGGUUGCUUUGCUCAUGCUUGUUUGAUUUAUUAUUAUUAUUAUUUUACAUUUAUCACCAUGCCUUUUUUUUUGCCUUUACUGAGCUUUGCCUUGAGUAGAAGAGCUUAGAGUUGGAUAUUUCGCCAAACUGUAUUGACAUGGUUUGUUUAAGGGUUAGGGGGUGGCUGGAUUGUUUGAGAAACUAUUGAACUGACCUGGUGAAACACCACCUACGCUUUUAAACAACACACUCCAGGGUUUUUUUUUUGCGGUCGCGGAAAUGAACGCAAACUCAAGCAAACACUGCGAUAUUCGGAGGAGCUUGCAAUUUUAUUUUUAUUUUUUCCAAAAUUAUCAUAGAUUUUUCCACGGAUUUGGGUCCAAGACGCAUUUGGUGUUCGCUAAAAGGUCUCGUUUACCGACAAACAUGACCACGAAAGAAACAAUUCUGUGCACUUGUGUUUUUGCAAAAAAAAAAAAAAACCCAAUAAAACCUUGCAACAUUUUGAAGAUUUAAAAAAAAAAUGGAUAAAUGCAAACAAAAAUUUAAUUAUCGUAAUUAUUGUACGUAAUUAUUAGAAUUAUCGUAAGUUUAAAUUGCCUCACGGUGUAAAACCAGCGCCCAUCAACUAUCGCACCAGCGAGUCCAAAAACACCAGCGAGAUGCACCAACAUUUCUAAAUAAAUCGUGUCAAAAUACCACGUUAACAUCAAUAACGCACUGUUUUGAAGUAUAUUUUAGUGCAAUGGUGCUGUAAUGUUUUUUUGGGGUUUUUUUUUCUUUCUCCUUGGUGCUAGUUGAAGCAAAAAAAACCCCACAAAAACGAAUUUAGACGUAUUGAAAGGUAAAAAAAAGGGGGUGGGGGAUGGCGAUAAUAUCGUGAUACGACUCGCAGACGAUAUGUUGGAGCAGCUGUAAUGUUUGCUUCUUUUCACUGCUGCUGUAUUUGCUUCUUUUGUAUUGUUGUGUUGAUUUGUAUUAUUGUUUUCCCUUCAUGAAGGAAUUCGAAGCGAGAUUUUCACCUGGAAUGCCUUUUAGAGUUUGAAACCGUGUGUGUGUGUGUGUGUGUGUGUGUGUUCCACUUAUGCCUUAUCCCAUCUUGUCCAACAUACAAUUGCUGUCUCGUGUCUUCACUGAAACUCCACUGUUUCCAUUGAACGAUGUGAGUGCUUAUUUGCUCCCUGGAGAAUUAACACCGAUGUCAGCGUGUCUUUGUUCCAAAUUGCCACUUGUGCACUUUUGUGGAUGUGUAUGUGUGUGUGUGUGUGUGUGUGUGUGUGUGUGUGUGUGUGUGUGUGUGUGUGUGAGAGAGAGAGAGAGAGAGCAUGUUCAGCUGGCGGGUAAAUAUAGCCUUAGAUAUUUUGGAGUGCUCAGAGUGUGUUCAUAACAGUCACCAUGAGAACGCUGAAACACUGAGAGGAGUCGACCGGGUUUUGAUUCCAAUGAAAACACAACCAAAUCUUUUACACACACACACAAAACGUUUUUUUGUUUGUUUUUUUUUUGCACCAAAUGAUGUCGAUCAGCCAAGAAGUGUUAAGAAAUCUUUUCUCAAAUAACGUGCUUGCUUCAAACUACAUCGUUACGCUACGCAGUGUCGUUUUUUUUGUUGUUGUUGUAAAUGAACAAUUGCGUUCAAUGGGAGGCGGGACUAGAGGGCGACAUGGACGUAUAAAAUGGCGUCUUCCAUGAACAUCGUUCCAGUUUGAGCCUCACGGUGAGGUUGAAGAACUGAGGCGUUGAACGUUUUUGGUUGAAUUUGACUCGACUUCCGCUAAUUACGUUAGUGUACGUGGCUUUUUCUAGACCGGUCCAGAAAACCUUUCUGGAUUUUCUAGAUCAGUCUAAACGAAUCGAGCCAGCCUCGAACCCGUGAGUAGGUUUUCUACAUCGAUCGAGGUUCACGUAGAUUUUCCCUGACCUUUUAUCGGCCCGACAAUGUAGCUAGAGUUCGAUUUUAUUCCGAGUCUAGACAACAUAGCUACGUAGAAGAAAUCUUCACACACCUCACCCCCCCCCCCCCCCCCCGGACCUGUCUUGGCUAAUCAUCGAUGUUGUUUGGAUUAACGGGAUUAAACCUCAUGUACGUUUGAUUCGGAUUUUUCCACACGAAGUUGAAAAGUGAAAUGGUUGUUAAAAAUUGUUGUUGUUCUCGUGCACUCGGACAUAAAAAUAGUUUGAUAAUUUAUUAUUUUUUUCCACCUUGCUUGUCAAUCAUCCCAUUAAUACCAAGCUGCAAUAAAUGGCUUAUGGAUAAAAAUGAAGGUUAAAAUAAUCACUGUUCAACAUUUGGUCAAUUAAAGCCAUGAUACGUUUAUUUAUUUAGUUAUUUUCCCCAAUAAUUUUGAUAUUGCUCUUGGUUACACAAAUAAGUGUCACUAACCAGCCCAAUAGAUCGCACUGAAGUAGAUAUUACCCCUUUUAGUCUACUCACAAAAUUGAUUAAUAGCUACUAAUUGAUCAGGAACAGAUACAAGGACAUUGUAUUUUAUUGUAGCUCCAGCUAGCUAGAUUCAAAUUUAGACCGGCCUGGCAAGUUUUUAUAGACCCGUCUAAAGAAAUUGAGCUAAAUUUAGAUGCGUUUCAAUUUAACUUGAUGUUUGUUGAUCAGUCCAGAAGAUUAUCUAGAAUUUUAUCUACAGUAUACAUUGGCAGCAAUGGGAGUGUCGUCCCCCCCCCC